ACGACUCAACCUACAAUUCGAGGUCACCGAUGUCCGGCAACUCCGCCUCCAACUCGGGCAACGGCGGAGGAGGAGGAGGAGGCGGCGGCGGCGGCGGGAUCACGCCCUCCUCCUUCCUCUUCGGCGCGAUCAUCACCGCGAUCGGCCUCGUCCUCGCCGUCGCUGGCUGUCUCCUCUCAGCGCGGCGGCACAGGCUCAUCCACCGCCAGCUCGUCGCGAACGGCAUACCCGGCGGGCUCGGGCGGCUCGGCGUCGGAGGCAUAGGAGGAGGAGGAGGGCUAGGAGGCAGAGAGGAGAAGAAGGAGCGGCCGAAGAUGGUCGAGGUGUGGGUGCCCGGGGUGGGGGAGAAAGGAGGGUCCGCGUUCGUGGACAGCGCGGGGUACGCGCAGAUCGAGAAGCCCGUGGCUCUGCUCCCGAUCGCCGCCCCGCCUACGCCAACGACGGCCCAUAACGUCGCCGCCGACGCGAAGAACUCGAGUACCGCCGCCACUACCUCGCCCCGCCCGCCAUCGCGCGCCUCGCGCGCCCUCGCCGUCGUCCGCCACUGGUGGCGCCCCGUCCGGCGCCCACAACCCGAGCCUCCCCUCGCACCCGGCGCCGACGUCGAAAUGGUGCCGCCCACCCUCGCCGCCUCCUCCCCUCCCCUCACCCGCGACAGACCGCCCCGCUACGCGGCGAUGGACGUCACCGUCCUCAUCGCCAUGCCCUCGGACCCCCACUCGUCGUCGUCCUCGUCGUCGUCCUCGCGACACAAACCGUCCCCGCCGGACGAAGACGACCCGCUCGACGAGCGGCUCGGCGGCGAAGUCGUCUUCGGCCUCGCCCGCCUCGCCUGCGCGUCCCCGCUCUCCGCCUCGUCCGUCGCGUUCGCCGGUCCCCCACCUCCUCCCUCCUCGAACGCACGAACACGACCGCCACCUCUCGAGCCGCCGACGGAAGCGAGCUCGUCGUCCGGGUCGAGCAGCGCUUCCGGGUCUGGCUUCGCAGACGACGCCGUCGACGGAGAAAGAAGGAGGGGACCGCCGGAGCGGACUUUUUGAACGUCGUGGACUUUUUUUUCCCCCCUCCUUACCUUGCCUCUUUCGCGAUGGUGGAUACCGGCGCUGUCCUCGACUCCAGCCUAAACCUACAUCUAUCUCUUUUAUGACCCCAGUCUAUUUCACCUAUGGACUCUUUUUGCGUCGUGUGUACGAGGAGGAGGAGGAGGCGCUGUUGUAUUAUUAGUAUUAAUGUGU